AUGGUGGUCAUCAAGGGUCAUGCCAAAUGCAAAAUGCCAAAGCCGGAGGCCUUGCUGGAAGACCGACUCCGAUCAGAGCUAAUGCUCAAGCAGCACCUCAAGGCUCUGAGAAAAACCCUCAGACAGCAGCUGCAGGAGACACAGAGGAGACAGACAGAGGAGCUGGAGAAGAGGAUCCAUCAGGAUGCUCUCCUGUCAGCAGAUGUAGACAGAGAGUCUCAUGAUAGAAAAGAACAGAACCAUCAGACCAAAUAUGUAGGAAUGAGGCCUCCCACCUCCCACAGUCCCAAACAGUCAGAGAGGCCAAACACGUCUUCUCCAGCCUGGGUAUCUUCAACAAACUGGAAGAAUUGUUCUGUCAGGGCUCAAGAGUGUGAGCGGUUAGUUUUAACUAAGACAACACAGCUAAGCAAAGAGGAAGAGGCCGAGGCUGAGUGUCAGAAGAAGUUCUGUGCCCUCCCUGUCCCCACCAAUGUCGUUCAGCCCAUCUACCAGGAGAUGAUGGAGCUGAGAGAGAAGGAGAGGAAACAAGGCCAUGAGCAGAGGAGGCAAUUCCUGCUGUCCAUUCAAAAACCUUUCAGCUUCCAGGAGAGAGAAAAGGAGAAAAGGGAGAAGCUGGUAGCAAUGUUAAACCAAGAUUCACAGAAAGACAGUGUUACUGCUGUUAGAAAACCUCCUACCAAAGACAAAAAGGACUCGCCAGACUCUAAGCUGAAAGACCAGGAGGAAGACUGCAGGAAAGUCCACACUCAGACAACGCUCCGGCAGGAGAACCCCACUCCGACUGGCAUGCCAAAACUACGCACUGCUGAGCGCACCAGGAAAGAAAAGCUGGGAUUCCUGGACGAGAAGCCGAGCUUCCAGCCAAAAAUCAUCCAUCAGGUCCCCGACUUCAACAGGCUGCACAAGGCCUUGCAGACAGAGGCGCUGAGGAAGACGCAGAGUAAAGACAUGACCAAGUGUCAGCCCUUCAACCUCAGGACGUCAGCGCUCCCUGCAAGGCAAAGCAGGACGAGCCCGGAAAAGUCACAGGCACCAAAAAAGAGUAAUCUCAGCAGAAGCAAGUCACUCGGGGCCUUAUUGUCCACUGACACACUUCCUACAUUCAUCACAGACGCUGCGAGGAAGCGCUGCACGGCCAUCAGAAAAUCAAUGGAGUUGAGGGACAGUAAGAAUCAAGAGAGCGCAGACUGGAUGAGGAACCAUCAAAUGAGAUCCCAAGCCAUGAAGAAGACGGUAGCCCUCCAUGCAAAGCUGCUGGACCCACACAGCAGCUUAAAAGAAGUGUUUUAUGAAAACCUCCAGCACCAUCGGGAGGCUGAUCAACAAAGGAUGAGAGAGUACAUGAGAGAAUUACGGGACAUGAAGGCAAGAGUUAGUGAACGCCCUUAUUUGUUUGAGCAGGUGAAACAGAGAAAUGCGAGGGCCCGUGCGGAGCAGACGUACAGGAGCAAGCUGUUGAGCGCUGGGGUGAAGGAGCAAUUUGUUGAAGAAAAUGGAAAAGCUCUCAGACCUGAGGAUGACACAGACGUGAGCGACCACAGCACCGAAAAUGACAUUCACAGCAGGGAAGAAAAUGUAGACGACGGGGAGAAAAUUGAAGAUGUGGAAGAGAAGAGCGUGAAGUCCAAAGGGGAAGAAAUGCCAUGAUCAAAAAGGUUCAGGCGGCACUGAGUUUUUUGCGGCCUCUCCGCUAGAAAACAACACUGUCUUUAAAAAUGAUUCA